CACUAGACAAAACAUGUGUAUUAGUAUGUGUAUCCAUCAAUUUGCAUUCCAUAAUCACAAACGUACCCUACGUUCCUAACACUUUCUUCAACAAGGACAACGUUAUAAAGCAUCCUUUCACCUAAGGACUACACCACACAGUUUUCGACCAUCUUUUAGAUUCUCAAAAUUGAAGCUCUUUUACGAGAGAGAAUGGCUUCUGGUAAACAGAACUUCCCCCCUCAGAAGCAAGACACACAACCUGGCAAAGAGUAUCUGAUGAAUCCACCACCCCAAUAUAGCAGUCCAGAUUACAGACCAUCAAAUAAACUUCAAGGGAAGGUAGCUGUAGUAACUGGAGGUGACUCUGGAAUUGGCAGAGCCGUAUGUAACUUGUUUUCGUUGGAGGGUGCUACUGUUAUCUUCACCUAUGUGAAGGAACAGGAAGACAUAGAUGCCAAAGACACACUUGAAAUUAUCAGAAAAGCUAAGACUGCAGAUGCCAAAGAUCCAAUGGCUAUAGCUGUGGAUGUGGGUUAUGAAGUCAACUGCAAAAGAGUGGUGGAUGAGGUGGUAGAUGCUUAUGGUCGCAUUGACAUUUUGGUCAACAAUGCAGCCGAGCAAUAUGAGAGUGAAUCAUUGGAAGAGAUCGAUGAAACUAGACUCGAGAGAGUGUUUCGAACUAAUAUAUUUUCUCAUUUCUUCAUGACCAAGCAUGCUGUGAAGCACAUGAAGGAAGGAAGCAGCAUUAUCAACACAACAUCAGUGAAUGCAUACAGGGGACAUGCAACGCUGGUGGAUUACACGUCCACAAAGGGAGCCAUUGUGGCGUUUACGAGGGCCUUAGCACUUCAGCUUGUGAGUAAGGGAAUAAGAGUGAAUGGGGUUGCACCUGGACCGAUUUGGACUCCAUUAGUAGUAGCAACUAUGAAGGUGGAAGAAAUUGUUGAAUUUGGUUCAGAAACACCAAUGAAAAGAGCAGGCCAACCUAUUGAAGUUGCUCCAUCUUAUGUCUUUCUUGCUAGCAACCAAUGCUCCUCUUACAUAACUGGCCAAGUUCUCCACCCCAAUGGUGGAACCAUUGUGAAUGCUUGAUGAGUUUUUCCAAAGAUAAUUGAUUCUCAUUAAUAGAGGUUGGUGUACGUUACAUUGACAAUCUCUGGGGAGUUAAUGUGAAGGGAAGAAUUUACAUGUUUGGAUGAAGAUUGUAGUUGAAAGUAAGCCAUGUUUUGCUAUGAAACAUAUAGUGUAAAACUAAUAAAAAUGCUACUUGAAAUUGAGUGUAAGACUAUCUAUUGUAAUGUGGACAGAUGUGGUCAUUGUAGAGCUCAAUUUCUCCGUAAUGAUUGUCUUAGCCACCAACUGCCAUUUUGUCAAAAUUCUGUUCGUAAUUAUUUUACUGAACAAAAUUAAGCGUGAUUAUGAAUAAUAAAAGUGUGUUUAUGAAACUUCCUAUCACGUGAAACUCUCAAUUGGCUUAUUCAUCCAAGAAAAUAAAUCAAGUGAACUAGGCAAUGUAAAAUCAUGAAAAUUCAAUAUAUUUAUCCUCAUAACUACAGUAAGAGUAUUUUUAUACUUUACACAUCCUAUAGAUGUAACGUAAGUAACUUCUACGAAGAGUAAAAUAAUCAUUUUAAAAAUUGAGGAAACACUUACUAGUUAUGGGAACGCAGGAAGAAAAGAACACUUCUGUAAUUAAGAAAGUAUCCUCAUUCAUUUCCAUAUUUUCAACUCCUUUUAUGUAAAGGAUGUACUAUUUUUAUUAAGGGUCAAGAAAAUGGAUCCGAUUCAUCUCUCACGAGUCUAGCAAUAUAACUGGAUUCAAUAUCCAGACACAAAAAUGGCUUGGCUACUUAGUACGAAAAAGGGGUAAUUUGUACGUACUGUUCUGUUUUCAGUUCAUCCGGCAAUAUUCUCGAAGCAGUCCAGGUAAUUAGUAUCUGAGUCAGCCUUAUGACACUAAAACGUUUUCAUACAAUUUUUAAACCACAUCAGUAAGAUCACUUAAAGCGUGUGCGUGUGAAAGAGACGGACCUUGGAUACGAUACGUCACUCCACGAUCCCGCUGACUACCAUGUUCUUAAUCAAAUACGCGAAUUUAUAUCCGCCAAUUCCAUUCAGGAUUGAAUAAGAAACUG